CAUUCUAACACUUAACCUAUAGAUGUAGAGCACCAUAGACACCAAGGAUGCUUGAGAUCUCCAUUAGAUCAUACAUGAUUCUUUCAUCUCCUUUCCACUCUAUCUGAGACGAGCAACACCAAACCCUCUUUCCCUCCUUAAAUACCGUAGCACAUCGCACCUCAUCUUGCGAGUCUUCAACAGGCGAGAGCAGGAGCGAGCCAUGGCUGGCAGGCGCAAGAACAAGAGCAUCUGCGAGAGGUCGGCCAUGAUGGCAGUGCAGCUCGUCAGGAUGUCGUCCCUUGUGUUCGCCAAGAUGCCUUUCGGGCGUGGCCGCGGCGAAGUGGCCGCCCUGCCGGCGCAGCCCGAGCACGUGGUGGAGAUUGUGCAGGUGGAGGCCGAGAGGCACGCCGGCCGACGCUGCGUCGAUGCAUCGGCCUCGGAGUUCAUCAGAAAGUUUCACGCCAAGAACCGUGGCGAUCCUUCUGGUGCUUCCCCGCCUCCAUCCCACAUGCCGAAUCCCAAGCAUGCAGGCGUCUAACAAGAGCUGUUGUUGCCGCUGCAUUUGUUGCUCUUCCUCUGGUUUUGUUGAUGUCGAACUAUGUACGUGUGUUGAUCUGUUGCAAGAGGCAUAGACGUGCAUGGGGAUUUGGCAUGCGCAGUAGUAGUCAUGUAAUAUCCUCCAUGGAACUUUUGCCUUCAUGCAAUUGUGGUGUGUGAUCUUUAGCUGUUGCUGCAUGUGACUGCCCUACAAAGAAAGAUUACAUUUGCUCAUCA